AUUUACAUCCUCUCAAAAAAUAGCAACAGCUGUUUGAGUCGGCUUAGAAGCAACAUCGCGGAUGUGAGCAUCGUUCACCGUUGGAUAUCGAGCUGUUUGUCCCCAUAGUGGACCACUGACCGGGAUCGAUUCAUAACCAUCAACAGCUGUGGGUGAGGGAAUUGUUUGCAAUGUGAUCUAGUGGCGAAGGAGGAGGAGGAGAGAGAGAGAGAGAGGGGGAACAUGCCUGCCGAUGUUGCUGUCUCAUUGAGCCUCGCUACCCUCCUGCUGACCACAUGGAACACGCUGAUGGUGAUAGCCACAGUGCCAGUGGCUCCAGUCAACGUAUCGGUAAGUCAGCUGAGAUCAGACUCCGCCCUCAUCAUCUGGAGUGUACCACAGGGAGACAUUGUCAUCGGAUACGUCAUCUCACAACAGAGGCAGGACGGGCUGAUGCAGCGCUCCAUUCGGGAGGUGAACUCGUCAAGUCGAGCGUGUGUGUUGUGGGACCUGGAUGAAGACACACACUACAGCGUACAGGUCCAGUCCAUAGGUCUUCAGGGAGACAGCCAGCCCAGUCACACUGUCCACUUCAGGACCCUGGAGAAGACUGAUCACUACCCUAUAGGAAGCAUAGACGAUGACCCGACCAUGGAAGGGAUGGAUCUGACCCCUAACCUGCAGACUGGAGAACUACUCAUCGUCACCACUGUACUGCUACUCUGGGCAGCGGUAAUAGCUCUGUUCUGUCGUCAGUAUGACAUCAUCAAGGACAAUGACUACAAGGACAAACCCAAACGCCCCUCUGUUCGGACCGAACCAUCUUACUACAGCACCAGCGUCUCGGCUCAGAGCACGCCACUCUACUACAACGGGGGGGUGCAAGGCUGCAAGUUCCACAGGACCUCCUCUUCCUCUUCCAUCAUCAGAGUGUGACAGGAUCUCCUCCUCUUCCUCCAUCAUCAGACUGUGACAGGAUCUCCUCCUCUUCCUCCAUCAUCAGACUGUGACAGGACCUCCUCCAUCAUCAGACUGUGACAGGAU